AGUCCGUCGUAUCAACAAAAACCACUAAGCAUUUUUAUUAUUUUUUUGGGUUAGACUUAACACCAAAGGAGUGGAUCAGGUUCUGGCGCCUCGCGAGUCAAUUUCCAACUUUAUAAACAUUUCACAUCUUCCCACGAAUUUCCAUUAAGUAAAAUAGAUAAAUUGUGGCACAAAAAUAAGUCAAAAUGCCGUACCUUUGUUUAAUGCACAAUAAUUUUGAUAAUCUACCCAAGUUCUUAGAGAAAGCUCAAGCGAAUAGUUUUACAGCAAUUGCAGCGCCAAUCAAUUGCACCGAAGUUCCGCUUGAAUUUCAACGUGAACCCCUCAAGUCCAAGCACAUCGAUUGCUCAUACUCAGAUUUGGUGCUGAGUGCGGAUGCAUGGAACGGGAAGGUUAUCACUUUGCUCUCGGACACAAUUGACUGUGAUUCAAAGAACCCCAAAGUUCGCCAGAAUAGUGAGGAAAUUCUAAAGAAAGACCUGUCAUGGACAGAACAUUUGCACUAUGGGGGUUAUACGAUGUUGCGUUUGAAGUCGGACAACAACACUAAUUUAGCGAGGAUUGUAAGCAGACAAAUCAAAGGUCUAAUUCUAGUUCAAAUUCCAUUGGUUGCCACGAAAAUAGCCUCAGCUGUGUGGAGGUCUGACAUUUCCGACGAUGUUAUUGCCAACUAUCAAAACGAUGACACUUGGAAGUGGUGGAAUAAGUUUCGUUGGGCUGCUGACUUUAAUCCUAAAAUUCGGGUAGUUCUCGAGUUGGGUGAAGAUAGGCCGUCGAAGGAAGUUGUUCGACGGUGGUUGGGUGAACCGCUUGAAGCCCUAAUCAUUCCAUCUUCGUUGUUCAUACGGAAUCGUCAUAAUUACCCGGUUCUGCCGAAAGCGUGGCAGGAGUUAAUUGCGUUGUUUUUGAAAGGCUAUGUGAAUUUUAUUGUGAGCGCCGACCAGAACGACAAUAGUCUCAAGCAGUAUGCUGAGUAUCUGAACAACCUGAGGGAAUCCCACGUUGACAAAUAUGAACUACAAAAUUUUGAAGAUGUCCUGGAGAUCCCCCUUCAACCCUUGUAUGACAACUUGGAUUGCUAUACCUAUGAAUCUUUCGAAAAAGAUCCUGUGAAGUACAAACUUUACCAAGACGCUAUAGAGGCAGCUCUUACGGAUAGAGUUCCAGAAGACAAAAUUGACAAAACGAUAACAACUGUAAUGGUUUUAGGAGCAGGAAGAGGUCCUUUAGUUCGUUCAGCUUUGAAUGCCGCAGAGAAUACAAAACGAAAAAUUCGCAUUUACAUAAUUGAAAAGAAUCCCAAUGCUGUGAGGACCUUAACGGCCAUUACAAGGAAACUAUGGAGUGGCAAAGAUAUUCAAAUAUUUUCGAAGGACAUGCGUGAGUUCAGUCCUCCGGAGAAAGGCGAUAUUCUUGUCUCCGAGUUGCUUGGCUCCUUCGGUGACAAUGAACUCUCUCCCGAAUGUCUUGAUUGCGCCCAAACCCUACUCAAAGAAGAUGGCAUUAGUAUACCAUGUAAAUCAACAUCCUACAUAAAUCCUCUGAUGUCCUCCAAACUCUACAACUCAGUGCGUUCCAUAAACAACCACAAGACCUUUGCACGCGAUAUGGUAGCCACUUACAAUAAUCAUGCGGAGAGUGGAUUCGUUGUGCUGCUCAAGAAUGUUUAUCACAUAGGCUUGCCACAGGCACUCUUCGAAUUCCAUCAUCCGAAUCGUGAUGAAAUAAUUGAUAAUACACGUUAUAAGUCACUGUCGUUCGAUGUCACUCAGGAUUGUGUUCUAAAUGGUAUCGCUGGAUAUUUCGAUACUGUUUUAUAUAAAGAUAUACUUUUGAGUAUAAACCCUCCGACUCAUACACCUGGAAUGCUCUCAUGGUUUCCCAUGUAUUUCCCUUUUUCAGAACCAAUAGAUCUCAAAGCUGGUGAAGUUGUGGAAAUUAACUUCUGGCGAUGUGUUUCAAAACAAAAAGUCUGGUACGAGUGGAAUAUAUCAUCGCCACGGACAACGCACAUCCAUAAUCAUAAUGGUAGAUCCUGUCCAAUUUAUUGCACUUAGAUCAAAAAAAUAGGACAACAAAAACUCACGAGGUUUUUAGCCAAAGUGAUUUGUUUCAUUUGUAGAUUUAACUUUAAAAACAAAAACAAACAAAAUAACACGAAAACAAAACAGAAAUAUUAAGAAAUAUUAUACAUAAAUUGACAGAAAAGUACGUUCAUGUUCUAAAAACAAAAACAAAAUAUAGAUUAAAUUAAAGACAAAUUUAUACAACAAAAAACAGCAAAUAACAGUUUUCAUA